UGAGGCGAGUUGCUAAAAAGGGGCGUGUAAUGAGCAAAAAGUGGUGUGUGCACUCAAAAUGUCAGUAUAAUAGUUUGUAGUAUUAUAGCAAACUGUGCUCUUGAGGAGACACCAGAUACACUUAGACAUAGGCUAUUAAUCUUUUAGAGCUACUAUAUGCAAAGUGAUGAGAAAGUGAGCUCCAAAGGGGGUGUCAGUACACUCUACAAUUCAUAACACGUCUGUUCCCAAGUCCUUCAAAUGCCAUCUCUUCGAUCACACAAUACAGAUGAAGAUACUUGUGUUCCACUUUCUAAUACCUAAACUGUGUCUUAGAGCACUUCAACUAGAUUACCAUGUACAGUAAGAGCAGGAGAGGUACGCAAACUUUCUGGACUUCGGACAAACGUUUCAUGGUGCUGCUACUAGAGUAAGUAAUCAAACCUCGGACUAUACCUAUAUUCGGACGCGUUUUCCAUGGACUCAAAGCAGCUAUCCAGAUUUUAGCCACAUCUACAAGUCACUGGUGCUUGGUACUACCUAGCAGCCAACUCUCAGCCUGUUCCUCACAACGACGCACUGGUCACGAGCUCUCAAAAACGAGUCCGAAAUAAUCAAAAUACGGACGAAGGUACCGUUAUCCGGACACUACUUUAGACUGCGUAGCUUGAGAUAUUUCUAGUUUCUGUGCCUCCUGUACUUCUUCUUAGCUAGAUCUACCAUCAUGCAAAAAAUCAGCAGUGGCAGCUGCACAACAAACUCCAGAAACCAGACUGAAAAUAGCAGCCCCACCCACUAAUUUAGGAUCUCGGACGCAUGUGCAAUGCAUAUAUAGGCAGAUCUACACGUGUUAAUGAGCUAGUCUAUGCGAGAGUCUAUGAGCUAUUAGCCAAAAGUCUAAAAGAAAAACUCUCUACCUGAAGGACAAAAUCAAAGGAGGGGCAGAGAAUCGGUGGAUUUGUUUAUUGUUAGUAAUUAACUAGGUAUGGCUGAAGGCUAUAUUUUAAGAAGUAAGCUUGCAUCACGUCCAUCAACACCAGCAGUGUUUGACAGUAGAUUUACUCACCAACGACCGCUGUACAAGUCAUGGGUGGAUGACAGUAUGAAAAAAGCUAUGGAAGCAGUUGUCAAGAAUGGAGCAAGUGUUAGAGAGGCAGCAGUUUGCUUUGGUGUGCCCAAGUCAACUUUGGGGGAUCGAAUCAGUGGCAGAGUUCAACACGGUGAUGUCAGUGGCCCCCUAAAAUACCUCUCAACUGCGGAAGAAAAUGACUUAGCCAAAUUCUUGAUAAAAUGUGCUGGUAUUGGAUAUCCUAAGACAAGAUUAGAAGUUAUAUCUCUUGUCCAAACGAUUAUUGAUUAUAAAGGGAUUCACUCAACUGUUACGGCUGGUUGGUGGCAGAGAUUUAUCAAGCGAAAUGCGAACAUCACUUUAAGGGCCCCUUCUCCACUAUCAAAUGCUCGAGCAUAUGCAACAGAUCCUGAUAUCAUGAACAGGUACUUUGAUCUACUUGAGGAGACUUUGUUACGGUAUGAACUGAAAGAUAAGCCGUGCUGCAUAUUUAACAUGGAUGAAACUGGCCUCCCCAUGGAUCCUAAGGCUUCUAAAAGCGUUUACAGAAAAGGAGAAAAAAAUCCUUUAGCACGCUCUAGUGGUAAUAAAUCCCAGACGACAGUAGUAGCCUGUGUGAGUGCUGCAGGCUAUUGUAUGCCACCUUUGGUGAUCUUGAAUCGGAAGAGUGUUCCGAGCUGCUAUAAGGAAGGAGAAGUUCCUGGGACCAAAUAUGGCCUGUCACCAAAAGGAUGGAUUGACCGUGACUUGUUUCACCAGUGGUUUGCUUUUCAUUUUCUUCGAUAUGCUCCUCAAGAACGUCCCUUAUUGCUGCUUCUUGAUGGCCACUCCAGCCACUUUUGCCCGGAAACAGUUCAUCUAGCUGAUGAACAUGAUAUAGUUGUAUUUGUUCUCCCUCCAAACUCUACCCACCUAUUGCAGCCUUUGGAUAAGGGGACAUUUUCCCCUUUAAAGACUUAUUGGAAACAGGAGUGUCACGAAUUUAUGAGCAAAAAUCCAGGCGAAGUAGUGUCCUGUUUUACCUUUUCCAAAAUUUUGGGAAGAUCAUGGGAAAGAUGUAUGAGAUUAUCCAAUGUGCAAGCGGGAUUUAAAGUAACCGGUGUGUACCCAUUUGAUCGUGAAGCAGCUUUCAAGCAAAUUAAUAUGCCUUCUGGUGUUGCCAAAAGUUUUUCUCUGCCGUAUCAACCCAUGUUUAGUCUUGCGCCCAGGAAAAAGAAAGCUGCAGCUAUACAUGUAGAUCUAGUACGUUAUUCAGAAGAUGAUGAUAUCAGCUCUGAAGAAUCGUUCAGUGACGUACGAGCAGUACAUACACCUGUAGGUGGCAGUUUUGAUUAUGAGAGUGCAGCACGAGAACCUGGUUUUGGUGAACAUGCCAAGAUGCCACCCUAUACGUCUACUGGUGAUACGGAUGACAACAGUUCCAGUGACACUGAUCGUGUGACACCUUUAAUUUACUGCAGCCAAACCAAAAAAAUGCUGAAAACACCCAUCCCACCUCCAAGAAAAGUUGAUCCUUUGAAAGUAAAAUCUUGUGGUAAAAUUCUCACUAGCAGCGAAUGUAUGGCUAUUAUGGAUAAAAAAAAAGAAGAGAAAGAUGAAAAGGAAAGGCUUAAGGCUGAGAGAAAGCGUUUGCAGGCUGAGAGGAAGCAAUUGAAGGCUGAAAACAAGCGUUUGCUGGCUGAAAAACGAGCUUCGAAGCUAUUAGCCAAGAAAUCGGGAAAGAGUGUUUCCACAAAAGUGUCUAAAGCUCAGCAUUCCUUAUGUGUUGAAAACCCACCUGAACCGGUUUUUACUGCUAAAGAACUUGAACUUUUUACCACCAGGUUUGAAAAUGGUUUUGACCUCACGCAUGAUGACCGAUAUAACUUAUGGUUAAAAGAAAAUGGAUCUCCCCAGAAUGCCAGGCAAAAGCGAGUUACGAAGCGUACUUUCAAAGUGAGAGAAAGCAUUGGUCAAGAUUGGAGUGAUGCUGAUGAGUUGUGCCACGUGACGGGGAUAGAUUCAAGUGGCGUAUCUGAUGAAGAGCCAGUCAAGUCCAAGGUACUGUCUGUUGCAGAGCAAAGAAGGAACGCUGGAGUGAGGGCAACUAGAGCUAACCCAUCUGGAAGCAGUGUUGGAUUGAGAGCUACUAAAUCUACUAGAGCUAACCCGUCAGUGCUCGAGGACGAUUCUUUUUGUUCUGCUACUGAUUGCUCUGUACAAAAGAGCGGGAUAGAGUUCCCUGUGUGGAUCAGUUGUGAUGUGUGCUCCAGGUGGUAUCAUCUUUACUGUAUAGGACUGAAGAAAACCAAGAAACAGUUUACUUGUGUACAAUGUAUAUAAUGAACAGUAAGCUUGUGUAGAUCUAUAUUCAAUGUGUAUAGUUGUGAUUAAAUACAGUAUACUACCUUUCUGGGCUCUGGUAGAGAUCGAUUUUCUUUUAAC